AUUUGCGUAGGUACGAUAUAUUUAUAGCAUUAUUAUCAUGGAGAGGAAAACCAUUGGGAUUUUGUUCUUGGUCUUCCUUGUCUUACCUUCUGAUGUGGCGGUGAAGAGAGCAGAGGGUCGAGACUGCUCGUCAAAAAGCCACGGGUUCAAGGGUUUAUGCUUUAGCGACACCAACUGUGCACAUGUAUGCAGAACCGAAGGUUUCACCGGUGGAGACUGCGGAGGCUUCCGUCGCCGCUGCUUUUGCACCAGGAUUUGUUGAAAUAAAUCACUACUGUCCCAAAUAAAUAAAUAGCACCAAUUGACACUAUAUAUGGUGUCCAGGUGCUGGGCUAUCAUAUACAUGCAAUAAGUUGAUCUAGUUAG